AUGCGCUGCUUGCGCCUGGAGUCCCCGCUCUGCGCCAAUGACUCCAGCUGCCCCGCUGGGCUCAAGUGCUGCCUCUGGGAAUGCCGGCUCCGCUGCAUCCCCCCGGCAGAAGAGAAGCCCGGUGCCUGCCCGGCAGCAGCCCCCGAGGGGCUCAUUGCCCCCUGCUCCUUCCCCUGCCUGGAGGACAAGGACUGCCUGGGAGCGCAGAAGUGCUGCCCGCUGGGCUGCGGCUCUGCCUGUCUGGAGCCGGCGCAGGCCCAGCCCAAGCCCAGCGAGGGCCCCACGGUGCAGCCGGGACCGUUCCGGGAGCGGUGCCGAGGCGACGGCGACUGCCCCGACGCGCAGAAAUGCUGCAACAGCAGCUGCGGCCACCAGUGCCUGCCGGGAGUGCCGGCCGGGAGGGACGGAUUCUGCCCGGUCCGUGCCGGGCUGUUCCCCAGUUACGACUGCAGAGCCUGGUGCCGGCACGAUGGCGAGUGUCCCCGCGAGGAGAAGUGCUGCCUCCGUGGCUGCGACUCCGUCUGCCUGCCCCCAUCCCGAGAGAAACCAGGCAUCUGCCCGCUGGCUGAGGAGGCUCCGCUGGCCCCGUGUGGCACCACCUGUACCAAGGACUGGCAGUGCCCGGGGGCUGAGAAAUGCUGCAGCAGCAGCAGAUGUGGCUCCGUGUGCUCAGCCCCCGAACCAGAAAAACCCGGUGAGUGCCCAAAGGUGAGGCCACAACACGCCUCGGAGCCAUGCACGGAGAUGGACUCCUGCACCCACGACAGGGACUGCUCCCGACAGGAGAAGUGCUGCUUCUCCGGCUGCGCCAUGCGCUGCACCCGCCCUGCCCAAGAGCACCCCGGGGAGUGCCCCCGGGCAGGGCCGUGCUGGGACCUGCGGCGCUGGCGCAGGAGCCAGUGCCUGGAUGACAGUGUCUGCCGGCGAGAGGAGAAGUGCUGUGACACCGGCUGCGGCCGGGAGUGCGUGGCCGUGCCCAGAGACAGCGGGGACAAAGCUGAUGGCCGGUGUGUGGAGGAGUGCCAGGCUGACUCACAGUGUCCCUGGGGGCAACGGUGCACCAGCAUCGGCUGUGGCCACGUCUGCAUGGACAUCCCUGGAGGUGAGAACCAGCCAGGCCCUCUGGGAGACAUGUGUGGCUGCCCUGGAGUGCCCCAUGGUGAGGUGGCCCGGGCCAGAUGUGCCCCAGCUGUGUGA